GCCGUGUGGUGCGGCGGGUGGUCAACGUGUCGCUGGGCGUCCUCGUGGCCUGGCUCAGCGUCCCCGUGCUGCUUAACCUGCUCAGCUCCAGGCAGGUCAUGAACGCGUCCUUCAACCUGAGGAUUGUCAACACCUAUGGCGCCUUCGGCAGCAUCACCAAGGAGCGGACGGAGGUGGUCCUGCAGGGCACGGCCCACCCCAACGCCAGCGCCCCUGACGCCGUGUGGGAGGACUACGAGUUCAAGUGCAAGCCCGGAGACCCCCGGCGGUGGCCCUGCCUCAUCUCCCCCUACCACUACCGCCUCGACUGGCUCAUGUGGUUUGCAGCAUUCCAGACCUACGAGCACAACGAGUGGAUCCUGCACCUGGCGGGCAAGCUGCUGGCCGGCGACGCCGAGGCGCUCUCCCUGCUGGCGCACAGCCCCUUCGCGGGCAGGGAGCCCCCCAGGUGGAUCCGUGGCGAGCACUACAGGUACAAGUUCAGCCGCCCCGGGGGCCGGCACGCCACGGAGGGCGCCUGGUGGGUGCGCAGGAGGAUCGGCCCCUACUUCCCACCCCUGCGCCUGGGCGACCUGCGCUACUUCCAGGCACGCGGAUGGCCCCUCCCAGAGCCCAGCCGCCCCCACGAGUGACGGACAGACGGAGACCCCGCCCACCUCAGCAGAAUCGCGCCUGCCACCUGACCCCCUCACAGUGGACAGUAGGCGAUGCGUGGACACU